AUGGCGGCGGCCCUGCACGCCGGCGCGCUGCUGCUGCUCAUGCUGUGCCUUGGCGGCGCGGUGGCUGAGGGGGACGGGGAACUGUCACAUGAUGGGGCUGAACAGUUAAGGCGCCUGGUCCAGUCCGUACCAGCAAUGCCAUUCAUUGUGGGUGGGACUCCAGCACCUUGUGGACGGUACCCUUAUAUGGUUUCGCUUCGCAGCGCAGAAAAUGUGCACAAGUGUGGAGGCAUUCUUGUCCACAAGCGGUGGGUGGUGACAGCUGCUCAUUGCGUGGAUCCAGCCGACCCAAGCAGCCUUGGGGCCACGCCAAUAUUAGUCAUUGGGGGCUGCACCCUUGGCGACAAAUCAAACGAGAAUGGCAAGGUUGAGGCAGAUCUUUGGCACCUCCAAGACGAGUUCGGCCAGCCAAGACCGCCCUGGCUGAUUGAGGCAAGGACCCGAGCGACCCAAACAAGCACCGGACAGGAUCCGACAUCCGCCCGCCAGACAGCAGCACCACGGCACAGCACAGCACGUCCGCUGCAACCGCCCAACGAUAGCCGCCCAACGACAUGCCCGAUGGCCGCGCGCCCCUCCCACCGUUCCGCUUGGCCGCGCACCCCCCACCGCUCCGCCGCGCACAUUCAUCGCGCAUCCCACCACCAGGCCUCCAGCUCGCGUCUUCGCAUCGCCGCCAUGGUGGUGCGCCGUGUCUCGCUUCGCCGGUGGCGGCCGUGCUCCACGCCGCCCCGACUUGGUAGCAGAGCACGGGGAUGGAGGAAGGGUUUGGCGGGAAUGACAGCAACCAGAAUGCCCAAAUUGAUGGACGUUGUCUACUGGGGCGGCGCUGGCGUGAUCAUUAUGUAA